AUGGGGAAGACAAAAUAUGCACUACUGGACGAGAGAGACAUUUGCUUGGUACAACAAUUUGCAUUUGAGGCGAGAGUGGAGAUGGAUCGAGACGGUAAUGGUGCUGCCAUAUAUGCCUGGGCCUACGACAUCGGCCGUGGCCGCACCUCUGGCCAGUAUGUCCACGACCUCCUCUGGGAAACACACAGAGGAGGAAUUGCAUCUGGAUGGAAAGUGAUCCAUUUAAACCAUGUGACAGUGGACAACAGAUUGGAGAACCUGGCACUAGUUCCUGUAGGAGCCAAGCAGCCUGCAGUCACACACAUUGCAACACCUAGAGACCAGUCCCUAUACUGGGUUGCUAUUCAACAGUUGCCAUCAGAUCCAGUAGAGGAGCAAUAUGGUGACUUUGUCGUAACAAGAUACUUUAAUGCCAAUGGUGAAGUGGUGGAGGAGGAGGAAGAUUGUUAUUAUGAAUGUCGAUAUCCUCCCUGUACCAGCAUAGAGAAAGAACUCCGAGAAUUUUCAAUAUGUGGUAGAUGUCAGGAAGCAAGAUACUGUGGUACAUAUUGUCAGCAGAAGGAUUGGCCUGUGCACAAGAAGCUCUGUCGAGAAAAAAGACGACCAUGUCUGACCGAGAGACCUCCUGAACGCUAACGUCAGCCCAAGCUAGUCACACAUCCUUGGUAGACACCCGUACUCUAAUAUAUUGGAGGUUUUUAUUAUUUUGCCGAAGUCUCGUAAAAAAUACAAUUUUCCAGGCAAAUAGUGACGACAGUGACAGUCCUUCAUAAGUACUGUAGUUUUUAUUGUUUGCUGGUUAGCAAGUAUAGCAAAUAUUAUGCUGUGUAAAGCAUGAACAAUUUGUAUACGGUUUUAACUGAUUUUUACUCUAGUAGUGAUAAAUUCUCACCAGUUUUGUAAAGUGCUAUAGAUUACAGGCACUCAUGGUAAUAUUGAACCUUGAUUAAAGAUAUAGUAAUACUUAAGUUAAUAUAAACUUUUAAUAAGUACAGUAUUGAGGAAACAUGCAUUGAAGUUGCAUAAAUAAUUGUCAGUUGCAUCAUUAAUGACAUUAAACAAAGAAAAAAUAGUUGUAUGCAUGACAUGUUGAAAAUUUUAUUACAUUAAUAGUUGCCUAUGAACAUCCUCCAUUGUGACGAGAGUGAGAGUCUGCCACUAGUUGUAUAGUAAUAGACCAUUAACAAGUGAAACAACAGCCAACACAUGAAUUAUCUGAUAAGUUUCAAGUUGAGUAGUGUGUGUGCACAGUCAUACCUGCUAGUGUGUGUGUGUGUGCGCGCACAGUCAUGCCUGGAUGUAUGUGUGUGUGCACAGUCAUGCCUGGUAGUAUGUGUGUGUGUGUACAGUCAUGCCUGGUAGUAUGUGUGUG